AUGUUCAGCUUCGUUGCGAUUGCUUGCUUGUUUGGUGUGGCAACGGCGGCUCCGUCUGCGAUCGGGGCACUGCCUAUUGCCACCGGCAGUAUCUCAGUCCCACGUUACGGCUUCAACUAUGCCGUCAACGACCCCCUAACAGGCGACCAGAAAGCUCAAACCGAGUCUCGUGACGGAGGAUAUGUGAAAGGCUCGUACUCACUCACGGAACCCGACGGUACCCUGCGAGUGGUGGACUAUACUGCUGACCCAGUGUCGGGAUUCAACGCGGUAGUUAAACGAGUGGGACCGGCCGCCCACCCACAAACUUUAGUAGCUGCCCCCGUUGUGAGCAAACAAAUCGUAGCUCCUAUUGCUGCUGCACCUAUCGCCGCUGCCCCAAUCGCUACUGCAGGAUACGCGUCCAGCCUCGUUGGCCUCGGUGGUUACGGAUUAGGUUGGGGAGCCGGUCUCGGCCAUGCUGGUCUCGGCCUAGCUGGCGCCGACCUCGGCAUCGGUUACGGCGGUCUCGGCUACGGUAUUGGCGGCCUUGGCGGUCUCGGCGGCUGGAAACACUAG